UCCUCCAAGUCGUUCCGUAGUUGAUCGAAAAAGUGAAAAAUUAUGUUUCUCGCUCUGAUCUGUGCUUCGAACCCUAAUUGAACAUGAACGGCUACCAAUAUUUAACGAAUGAUUGCCUUAUUCAAAUUUUUUCGUUUCUUCAAGACGAUGAUUUGAUCAAUACAUCAAGUGUCUGUAAGCAGUGGCACGAGGCAGCAGAUACUCCUUGGUUGUGGCGGGAGAUGUGUCUCCAACGGUGGGGUUUCUGCAAUAUCUCCGUAGUUGGGGCAGGACGUGGUAAACAGCAAUGGAAGGCGUACUACCUGCGUCGCUUUCACCUGGAGAUGAAGAUGACGAGGGGCAGGUCCAGUGGAGACUACUGCUGCAAAAGCCUUCGAGGUCACUCAGGCAGAGUGGUGGGGCUAGAUUAUCUUAAAGGCAACAGUCCUCAGCUCUUUGACUUCUAUAGCUGCACCCCCACGGUCUGCAGUGCCUCCUCUGAUGGUACAGUCCGGGCUUGGGACGUCCAGAAGGGAGAGCAGUUAUGGUGCAGCCCUUUGCAGAGUCCAAUGGCAAGCCUUGUUGUUGAUGUUUGUCAUGGAGUGAUCAUCACAGCUGACUCCACUGGAGUCAUCAAAGCCUGGCAGGGGCAGACUGGUCAGGAAAUGGCUUCCUACUCUUCUGAAUCCCCACAUUGCACAUUACUACAGUACAGUAUAGACAACAACUCUUAUGUCUCAGUGGGGACCAGUCAAGGGGCUGUGCAUACUCUUAGUAGUCCAUCAUUGUCCAAGCUGUCCAGUCUUGUGGUGUGUGAUACAUUCAAGGUCAACCUGCUUCAGACUUCACCAGACAAGAAAUGGACGUUGGCUGGAACAAAGGAGAACAGUGAUUUGAGUCCAAAGGUGAUUUCCAGUCAGAGUUUGGUGACGCCCACUGAGGAGGAGGAGCCUCAGUGCCAGUGCCUGGCAGUCCCAGGAUGCUGUGCUGUUGCCUUCAUACCCUCCCAGCCUGCCAGACUGGCCACCAUCCAUCACAGAGACAACUUGCACAACAGGACCCUCUCCAUGUUUGAUAUUAGCAUGAAGAAAAACAAAUACAAGUCUGAAAUUCAGGUCCAGCAGGUGGCGUCAUUUGAUGUGGGGAUUAACUCUACAACUUCAGAUGUACUCUUGGAAGCCAAGGGCAGCACUCUGGUGGUAGUUGCAGAUAAAGUCCUAAGGGUCUACUCUCUGACAGGAGCCCUGCUUGCCAGCUUCUCAGACCAUACAGAACCCAUCACCUCCAUUUGUGUGGAUAGUUUCCAUGUGGUCACUGCAUCCCGGGACCUCUCCCUGCGGGUGCUGACAUGGAGCAGGGACUGCAACAAAGGACUUACUCUGGACAGUCGAUACCACCUACUGGGAGGCUCUCACUCCAUGUCCAGAGGGUUCACUAGAGUAGUGUGUGACUACUCCAGCAUCAUAGCCUCUACCGAGGCAGUGGAUGGAAGAGAUGUCCUGAAAGCCUAUUCUUUCAGCAACUGAUCUACAUCGCCCUCCAUGAUGUUCUUCCUUAAGUGCAACCACCUAAGUCUUUAUGACAAACAAUUAAAUCUGUAUUACAAAUGGA